AACUCAAAUUUUAACCCAAACCCAACAAUUUCAGGCGCUUUACCUAAGCAUUUGCAUAUAUUUGCAUCCCGCUUUAGAUCUUCCUCUUCACCAACCCAAGAAACUUUUCGUCGCUUUAUCUCUCUUCGUUCGUUCUCUGUAUCCUCUUGUAAUCAUGGCAAUGGCGGCCACCUCUAGCACACAAACAAAUCUCUUCCUCAAAGCCCCUUUCAAUCCUCAACAAAACUGUCAACAAACCCAUUUUCUUCCCUUAAACUUCAAGAUCCGCAACCCCAUUUCCCGAAUCACCUGUUCUGCUACGCCUACCGCAACUGCCGUCUCCACCACCACCAAAAUUGAUCAACGAUCCGAAGAACGCGUCUUCAACUUUGCCGCAGGUCCCGCUGUCCUCCCGGAAAAUGUCCUACAGAAGGCGCAAUCUGAGCUCCUCAACUGGCGGGGCUCUGGUAUGAGCGUCAUGGAGAUGAGCCACCGUGGGAAAGAAUUCACCUCCAUUAUCGAUAAAGCGGAGGCAGAUCUACGUACCCUUUUGAACAUUCCGUCGGAUUACACCGUCCUCUUCCUUCAAGGUGGCGCUUCCACUCAAUUCUCCGCUAUCCCUUUGAACCUCUGCACUCCCGACUCCGCCGUCGAUUAUAUCGUUACCGGCUCCUGGGGUGACAAGGCCGCUAAGGAAGCAGCCAAGUACGCCGCCGUCUCCAGUAUUUGGUCUGGGAAAUCUGAUAACUAUGUAAGAAUCCCAAACUUCGAUGGGUCUGAGUUUGUGCAAAACUCGCAAGCCAGGUAUUUGCAUAUUUGCGCCAAUGAAACUAUUUACGGUGUUGAAUUUAAGAAGUACCCUGUUCCUGCUAACCCAGACGGAUUCUUGGUGGCUGAUAUGUCCUCCAAUUUUUGCUCUAAACCUGUUGAUGUCACCAAAUUUGGGUUGAUUUAUGCUGGUGCACAGAAAAAUGUGGGUCCAUCUGGGGUUACCAUUGUUAUUGUUAGGAAUGAUUUGAUUGGAAAUGCCCAGAAAAUGACCCCAGUUAUGUUGGAUUAUAAGAUUCAUGCUGAUAACAAAUCACUUUACAACACACCCCCUUGUUAUGGAAUUUAUAUGUGUGGGUUGGUUUUCGAGGAUUUGUUGAACCAAGGUGGAUUAGUGGAGGUUGAGAAGAAGAACAAGGCUAAGGCUCAGGUACUAUAUGAUGCAAUUGAUGAGAGCAAUGGUUUUUACAAAUGCCCUGUUGAGAAAUCAGUGAGGUCAUUGAUGAAUGUACCCUUUACACUGGAAAAAUCCGAGCUCGAAGGUGACUUCAUUAAGGAGGCUGCUAAGGAGAAGAUGGUGGCUCUUAAAGGCCACAGGAGUGUUGGUGGGAUGAGAGCUUCAAUCUAUAAUGCUAUGCCUUUGGCUGGUGUUGAAAAGUUGGUUGCUUUUAUGAAGGAAUUCCAAGCUAAGCAUGCUUAGAUUUUUGGGGAUGAUUUGGUUAUCUUUGGCACUUUCUUGCAGCAGAAUAACAGAGUGUUUUAUUUUAUUUUAUUUACGGAGUACCUGUUUUGUUAUGUUUGUUGUUUGUGAAAUCAUAUGAUGAUGGAGUAUUUUAGUAGUGGUAGAAGCAGGUUUUGUUUUUGUUUUUUGGAAUGGCCAAACUAUAAGAGGCUGUGGCUGGCUGGAUUAAUAAGCACGUUUGCCUGUUGAUCUGUUAUGCAGCAUCACAGCUCAUUAGAUAGUAGAAGUAUCACAUUGUACGCAUUAUUCACAAUUUAAUGACAAUGGAUUAUUAUUGCUGGAA